CCUCAGUUCAUCCCAGCUGCCUCUCUCUACCCACACAUACCUGUGUUCGUAUUCUGAGCCCUGCCUGUCAUUUCAAUGUGACCUGAGUCCGCCAUACCAUUAUGAUAGGACUGCACGGCUGCGAUACCCCACAGAGCGGAGCGCGCGCGUGGUGCGCACAGUCCUUAUCAGAGGGAACGAGACACUUUCACCGUCCAGUAUAAAAGUCACUUUGAGCUCGAGCCAGCGACUGACACAGAGACUCGGAAUACAUUUCUGAAUUUUCUUCUUGACAGAAGUGAAAAUGGCUGAGGAUAUCAAGACUAAACUUGAGACUUAUCGCACUGCUCCCUUUGACGCCAGAUUCCCUAACCAAAACCAGACUAGGAACUGCUGGUCCAACUACCUGGACUAUCACAGAUGCCAGAAAGCUCUGGAUGCCAAAGGAGUGGACACAGCCCCCUGUGACUGGUACUUGAGGGUCUACCAGUCACUCUGCCCCAUGUCCUGGGUCCAGAAAUGGGACGACCAGCGAGACGAGGGGACGUUCCCGGGGAAAAUCUAAAACUGCCGUGUCCAAAGCUCUGAGUCCACUUGGAUGUAAUAUUUUCAGCUAACUGUAUAAAUGGUGGGAGAUAAUGUAGCUCCAACACCGCCUUUUAACUACUGAUACUCUGCUCUGUAUCUGAGUGGUCAUUCCUUAUACAUACCGUGAAAUGUACAGCAGAGUCUGUAUUAAAGUAUCUCAGGAGAUAUAUAAAUUA